UACUGCAAGUCUUCACCCACAAACUUACUCCCACCAUGUCCGUUCUCUCAAUCCUUUCCUUGGACCAACUGUUAGGAGGUUCUCCACGUGGAGCGGAAGAAUAUAUACUCUCUGCGUCUGACAGCGCCUCCUUGCCCUGCCUUCCUCUAGACCCGUCAUGUCACAUUCCACGGCAGAGGCCGGACUGGAGGAGAAGUGUCGAAACUCCACGGACUCAGGAUUGGACCCUGGUGGUGAACACGAAAUCCCCGAGAGAGCAAGCCGAUUUGCCCAGUCAGCGUCUAUCAACUUCGACCAACCACACUCCUCCACGACCAGGCGAUCGAUCUACCAUGCGACGCGGUCUCGAAGUCGGGAUACGAUACGCAGUGCUCGCAGCAUCUCCCAGUCGUCGCCAGCCGCUGGUGUUCCCAUCGAAUUCCGGACCCUUUCCUUUCAGAUCUCCGAGUCCCAAGCCGCCCCCCAGGAGAUUGCCAAAAACCGUAGCAGGGAGAAGACAACGCCUGAUCAAGACUACUUCGAAAGCCUUGACUUCCAUCAAUUGUCUGUCGAAAGGCUAUGCCAACAGUUCAAUGUCGAUCUCAACCAAGGGCUGAGUGCCAGUGCAGCACAGACUCGGCUGCAGAGGGACGGUAAAAACACCGUCGCUCAUUACCACGAGAAUUAUCUGAAGAAAAUUUUCUGGUAUGUGUUCGGUGGCUUUUGCUCGGUGCUAUGGAUAGGGGUGAUCAUUUUCUUCCUCUGCUGGCGCCCCUUGAGCAAUCCUCCCUCCGUGACCAACCUGGCCAUGGCCAUCCUCGUCAUCAUAGUUAUCGCUCUGCAAGCUUCCUUUUCCGCCUUUCAAGAUUGGUCUACAUCGCGCGUGAUGAACUCCAUCCUGGGUCUGUUGCCGUCAGAAGCGCUGGUCAUGCGUGAUGGUAGUCUCAUCCGUGUACCGGCCACAGACCUGGUUGCUGGGGACCUCGUUCACAUCUCCAUCGGCAACAAAGUCCCGGCCGAUAUGCGUCUCAUCCGCAGCUCCGGGGAUGUUCGAUUCGACCGCUCCAUCUUGACCGGGGAAUCCGAUGAGGUCGAAGGGGCCACCGAUGCGACGGACCAGAACUUCCUCGAGACACGGAACAUCGCGCUGAUGGGAACGAGUGUUACCAAUGGAAAUGCUGUCGGCGUGGUUGUCCUGACUGGCAAUCGAUCUGUCAUGGGCCGUCUGGCUUCCAUCACUGCCAACGUCAAAGAGAAGCCGACCCUGAUUCAACAAGAGAUCACUCGCUUCGUGCGAAUCAUCGUCGUCUUGACUGUGAUUCUGGCUGCUGCGAUUCUACUCACCUGGGUGGGGUGGCUUCGUGUGGAUCAUCCCGACUUCAUGAAUGUGGUGGAAAUGCUGAACGAUGUUAUGGGAUGCGUGGUGGCAUUCAUUCCUGAGGGCAUGCCGGUGGGCGUGGCUCUGACCCUCAUGAUUGUGGCCAAGCGCAUGAAGGCAAACAACAUUCUUCCCAAGGGACUGGCCACAGUGGAGACUCUGGGCUGUGUCAAUGUCAUCUGCUCGGACAAAACGGGGACGCUCACCCAGAAUAAGAUGUUUGUCCAAUCAUUAGGUCUGGUGGACCAGGAAAUCGACCUGGAGGCUUUAGUGAGCGGCCAAGAGAAGGCUGUUCCGCCUCCAGUCGUUCUGGAGCCGCUGAUUCAGGGCUCAGCGUUGUGCAAUGACGCCUUUUUCGCGUCGGAGACGAAGCAUCUGCCAGUCAAUGAGCGGACGGUCAAUGGAAAUGCGACAGACGCGGCGGUUCUGCGAUGGGUUGAGACCCUGCGUCCCAACAGCAAGAGCGGGCUGCACGAAUAUGAACGCAUCCAUCAAAUCCCUUUCAAUUCCAAGAACAAGUGGAUGCUGACCGUGCACAAAACUCCACACUCUUCUCCGCGCAGUUGCCUGGUGUAUGUCAAAGGAGCUCCAGACGUUUUGCUGCCGCAUUGCACAUCGUACCUCUCUCGAGACGGUCUUCUCAAGCCCAUGGAUGCUGCGGCAAGAGAGUCUUUCUCGGCAUUUCAGCAGAAGCUGUCCCGGCGUGCCCAGCGCGUCAUCGUUCUAUGUCAGAAGAAUUACACUCCCUCGGCGGCAGUUGGGACCAACGAGUUUAAUGACGAGAUGCUCAGCAACGGGGUGCAAGGGUUGACCAUUGCUGGCAUCUUUGGAAUCAUUGAUCCGGCUCGCCCCGAGAUACAAGCUACGGUCGCUGCUUGCCGUCGUGCUGGCAUUCGUUUCUUUAUGGUGACCGGUGAUUUUGGACUCACCGCGGCUGCCAUUGCACGCGAUAUCGGCAUCUUCACCGGUACACAGGAGGCAGAUACCGUCUCGGAUCUCCACGACCAGGACCAAGAGCUACGCUCAAGACGCAGUCUGCUGGUGGAGGGAUCCCAGAUUCCGGGUCUGAACGCAGCUCAAUGGGAUGCUGUCUGCCAAUACGAGGAGAUUGUCUUUGCCCGCACCACUCCUGAGCAGAAAUUGCGGAUUGUGGAGGAGUUGAAGGCGCGCGACAGUGUGGUGGCUGUGACGGGCGACGGAGUCAACGAUGCCCCAGCCCUAAGAGCCGCCGAUGUUGGGAUCGCCGUCGUCUCCGGCAGCGAUGUCGCCAUUGAAGCCGCGGAUCUCGUCCUUCUGGAUCAAUUUGACUCCAUUAUCGACGCCAUCCGCUUGGGUCGUCUAGUCUUUCAGAACUUACAGAAGGUGAUUGCCUACUUGUUACCGGCUGGCAGCUGGUCGGAGAUCUGGCCGGUGAUCAUGAACGUCUUCUUCGGGGUGCCCCUGCCCCUCAGCUCAUUCCUCAUGAUCAUCAUCUGCGUCUUCACCGAUCUGUUUCUGUCGCUGUCGUUAAUCAUGGAAAAGGAAGAGUUUGACCUUCUGAGCCUUCCGCCGCGCAACCACAAGACGGACCAUCUGAUCAACCUCAAGAUCUAUGGGCAGUCGUAUUUGUUCAUCGGGGUGAUCGAGGCCGUCUGUGCGCAUGCCAUGUUCUUCUUUUACAUGUAUCAAAAGGCAGGUAUCCCGUUCCAUGCCCUGGUCUUCGCGUUUGGGAAGUACUCGGAUGGCUUCUACGGCUACACCGAGGCCGAGUUGACGCACUUCAACGCGGUCGGCCAGAGCGUGUAUUUCGUCUCACUGGUGAUCAUGCAAUGGGGCAACAUUCUCUCGGUGCGGAACAAGCGCCUGUCGAUCCUGCAAGCUGAUCCGAUCCGCAAGAAGCAGCGGAAUCUGUGGCUUCCGUUGGCGAUGCUGGUGUCGUUGGCGAUUGCCAUCUUCGUGACCGAAGAACCCGGAUUGCAGUCGUUGUUCAGCACCGCGUCGGUUCCUCUGGAAUUUUGGUUUCUUCCGUUGGGACUGGCAGCGGGAGUGUUGAUGAUGGACGAGAUCCGCAAGGUGGUGGUGCGCAUGUUUCCACGGAGUCUUGUCGCAAAGGUUGCCUGGUGACGAGGGGGGGAGAGCGGCCCGUCAAUGAUGAAAAUGUAUAUACCAGCUGUGAGGCUCCUCGUAUUGCGUCCCUGGUAGCAAUUAUGAACCGUCCGUUUCCGGCGAUGAAAUGGACUUUUUGCCACCCUCGAGAUCACCUCCCAACCAAGGGACAGCCCUAACUGCUGACUGCUUCCCACCGCACUGGACCAAUGUCUUUACCACACAAUGCAUUGAUAGAACGGAAUCCAGGCCCAA